AACUGCAACACACACGUCUGUCUACUGCUAGUACACCUCGCGUGCGCGCACACAUAUACACACAAAACCAUACACGCACACACACGUGUGUGUGAUGAGUGCCAUUUAAAACGACAAAAUGCAGUAAGCCACACGGGGAAAUAACUCAUUCGUACGGAAAUUUAUCAUUGUCAGAGUCCAAUAAAUAAAAACAUCGUCUUUUUCGCGUGCUCAUAAAUUUCAUCAUCACUCCUUUGGUGCAUCAAAUUCUGUGAAAAAAUAACCAAAAAAUUCGCACGUCCUCGGACGAGUAUUUUCUUUUUUUUUUUAUUAACGAUCAUCAAUUUUUUUCGUGCUGUAACAUAUGAUUUCAACGUUCAUAAGGUGUUUCUUCCACCCGGAAGUUUACAUCCAUGUCGGUACCUUCGCUGAAUCAAAGUGGUGAUCGGCCAAUUUUUGCGUCGUCGUAGAGAUAUUUUUUUAGAAUGGGUGCAAAUAUUUCCCAACUGGAGAGAAACAUUGGAGCUGAUCAAUUCCCACCUAACGAACACUACUUUGGUUUAGUUAAUUUUGGAAAUACAUGCUACAGCAACUCGGUACUACAAGCGUUAUAUUUCUGUCGGCCAUUUAGAGAAAAAGUACUAGAGUACAAAGCAAGAAACAAAAGAACCAAGGAGACCCUACUCACAUGCCUCGCAGAUUUGUUUUAUAGUAUAGCAACACAGAAAAAAAAAGUUGGUUCCAUAGCACCAAAAAAAUUUAUUGCACGAUUGAGAAAGGAAAAAGAGGAAUUUGAUAAUUAUAUGCAACAAGAUGCUCACGAAUUCCUAAAUUUCCUUAUUAAUCACAUUAAUGAAAUAAUAUUGGCGGAAAGAAAUCAAAGUAAACCAGGAGGUGGAAAAGGUGGAGGGGGCGAUGCUAGUUCACCACCUGAACCCACAUGGGUUCACGAGAUAUUUCAAGGUAUUCUGACCUCGGAAACUCGAUGCCUUAACUGCGAGACUGUGUCCAGCAAGGACGAGGAUUUUUUCGACCUCCAAGUUGAUGUUGAUCAAAACACCUCGAUUACCUAUUGCCUCAAAUGUUUUUCCAAUACCGAGACACUCUGUAGCGACAACAAAUUUAAAUGCGAUCACUGCAGCAGCUAUCAAGAGGCGCAGAAACGUAUGAGGCUAAAAAAAUUACCGAUGAUUCUCGCUCUACAUUUGAAAAGAUUCAAGUACGUCGAACAGUGCAACAGGCAUAUUAAAGUAUCACACAGAGUGGUUUUUCCUCUCGAACUCAGGCUCUUCAACACGAGCGACGAUGCCGUUAACCCAGAUCGCCUUUAUGAUCUCGUCGCGGUCGUGAUACAUUGCGGGAGUGGGCCUAAUCGCGGUCACUACAUUUCGAUCGUCAAAAGUCACGGAUUUUGGCUUCUCUUUGACGACGAUGCAGUCGACAAAAUCGAUGCAUCAAACAUCGCGGAUUUCUACGGACUAACGUCGGACAUUCACAAAACCUCUGAAACUGGAUACAUUCUGUUUUAUCAAUCAAGAGAUUGCAGUUAGGGUUCCGUCUCAUUACUAUUAUCAUUUCUACGGUUAUUAUUAUUUAUUAAGCCUCAAAGAGAAUAAGGAAACGAUACGUGAAUGGAUUUAUACUUUAGCGAGAGACGAAAAAAUAGGAGAUAAAAAGAGAAGGGAGAGAAAGAAGAAAAAGCGGUAAUGUGAAUUUUUCAUUAUUUUCUUGUGAAUGAUAAUGUUAUGCCAGUGAAUAAUGAAUGCCAGGGAGCACGAAAUUCGUCAAAGUGUAUCAUCUUCCUGUAUAUUUUUCUUCUUUUCGAGAUACAUUCCCGACCAAAAGUAUAAUCCGAUUAAAAUUCUGGCACUUGGCAUUAUACAGAAUGUUGAAGAAAGGUUACGUAGGUUCGUAGACUCUUCGAAAUUUAAUUUCAAUUAAAAAAAAUAAUUUUUGUCGCUGUUUAUUCGAUUUCGGCGUUAAUGGUUGAAAAUUUUGAAUAAUUUUAAUAAUGUUAAUAGAAUUUUGUAAUGUUUUUGCGUAUGAUUUUCCUUAUUUAUUUUUGGUAUUGGCCGAAUUUUCUGUUGCGAAAUACAGAAUUUUCGGUCGAAUCGAUUUUUUUUAAAAAAGUCAAUUAUUGCCAGAAUUUCUUGUAAUAAUGUCCGUUUCGUUGGGUGAGCCUAUCAAGUAUAAAUCAGUGAAUUCAUGUUACUCCUAUUUAAUUGUAAUUAAAACCCCAGAACACUAGUCCAUUUUGUAAAACAAUUACAACAGUAGCUCUUUCAUUUUCAAUUUCAUUAUUAUUAUUACGUGUACGAUAUGUCCUUUGUGUCGUUUCAGCGAUGUGAGAAAAGUAAAACCGCGGAUUAAUGUUGGAGACACUGUCAGAUUCUAUGCGAAUUGUAAAAAAAAUAUACGACUGAAUAAUAAUAAAAUGAAAUAUUGUUACAAAGCAA